ACAUAUAGUUCCGACUUCUGACUAACGACUAACAACUCAUUGUAGACCGGGCGUAAAAUUUUCGAUCCGCUGGGAUUAUUAGGUCCAGUGGUGUUACAUGCUAAACGACUAAUACAGGACGUUUGGAAGUGCGGAACGCAUUGGGAUGAAUCUGUUCCGCAGAGUAUCCACACAGAAUGGUCGGAAUUCACCCGACAAUUAGGUUCAUUGCACCAGGUUUCAUUUGAUCGAAAAUUAUUAGUAGAGAAUCGAAAGAACAUUGAAAUACACGGAUUUUGCGACGCGAGCGAAGUCGGAUACGGAGCGUGUUUGUAUAUUCGAUCGACGGGAGGAGGCAGCGGUAUUAUCAGUAAAUUGUUAUGUGCCAAGUCAAGAGUCGCACCUAAAACCUGUUACUAUACCGCGCCUCGAACUUUGCGGCGCAUUAUUGUUAGCAAGGUUACAUCGCGAAGUUAGUCACGCGCUAAAUUUCGUGCCCGAUAGAACGAUUUUUGGUGCGAUUCAACCAUUGUAAUACAUUGGUUGAAGACGUCGCCUCACCGACUUAAAACUUACGUGGCGAAUCGUGUCGUCGAAGGCAGUGAAACUGUUUAAACAUCAUGUCAAACGUGUCGUAGGUGAGUCAUUAUUUACCUUCGAAGAAUCAAAUACAUUCGCGAUUGAAAUUGAAGGGAUUCUAAAUUCGAGACCAAUCACCUCUCUUUCGUCAGAUCCGUUGACAUGCUGGUACUAACGCCGGCCCACUAUCUCAUUGGCAAACCCAUAACAACCCUCCCAGAGGGUAAUUUGCUAUCUGUUCCAGCCAAUCGAUUAUCCACUUGGCAACACAUCACAAAGGUGCGACAGGAUUUUUGGACUCGUUGGAAUCUGGAAUAUUUAAACGAGCUCCAGAAACGCACCAAGUGGAUUAAAGAUGGUCCAACAGUCGAUGUCGGAACAGUGGUUCUGCUUAAGGAAAAACACCUGCCCUGCACUCAAUGGGCAUUGGGCCGAGUUACCAAAUUACAUCCGGGCAAAGAUGGGAUUACACGAGCGGCCACCAUCCGAACUGCGAACGGAGAGAUAAAACGAUCGACAAAUAUGUUUAUGUCCACUUCCGAGCGAAUAGUUGUAAGGCGAUACAAAAUCAGAGGAUGUGAAAGGGUAUAAACCUUCAUCAUACUCUCAGAUACAUCAUAACACAUAUAAGCUAUAAUAUAGUUGAUCGCUUCCCUCUCAACGGGGGGAGUAUGUUACGUAUAGAGCUAGCUCAUAACACAACGAAAAGUCGUGCACGACAGAAAACAGAUAUCACAAACACAUUAUAUAUGUAUUCAUGCUUGCACAUGUCUCUUUCUCUUCCCUUCGAAAUCAAACAAGGAGGGAGAACAGUGUUCGGGCGGCUCGGCUGAUUGAUCCUCGGCGCGGCGUCGGCGGUUUUCAAGUUUGACGUUAUCGCGGCUCCUUUGUCUUCGGACAGCAGUUUUUCUAAUCUUUCCAAGUCGCGGCCCGUUUGAUCCGGCCCGUUUGAUCUCGGGCCUUUGGUGGAGGAUGGCCACUUCCACUCAGGGGCCCGGUAGCUAUAUACAUGUAUUUGUCGUCGACCGCGGGGGACACACAGUUCCUGCUCGAUCACUGAGAGAAAUUGAGU